CGGCAGGCUCUCCUCGACAAGUUGAACUCUCUUCUGGGUGGAGAGCCCGUUCCUACUCCAUUCUGGGCUGUUCUCAUAUUUUCGGAUAUUGCCAUGCUCGAGAUCCUCGUCGGUGAGGCGGAAAAAUCAACCUUUUUCCUGCAAUUUACGAUGCAUGCGUGCGCAGCAUUGCCUCUGGUCUGGCAACAGCGGCUACCGCAGCGCCCACGAUCCGCAGAUUCCGAGUCCUUUGUAUCCAGCUCUUCUCACAAUUCACUCAACAAGUCUAUUCGCGACAAGGUUAUUGAACGGGAUAAUGAACAAUGCGUAAUUACGAAGAACAACCCAAUUGAAGUGGCUCAUAUAUACCCACACUAUCUACUUUCUGGCGCCAGAACGAACUUGGCACGCACAUUUCCCCCAUUCUGGGAGAUGCUCAAAUACUUCUGGUCAGAGGAAAGAGUCUCGCAGUGGCACAGCCAAGUCUUCCAGGAUUCGGAGUCACCAGAGAAACAGUUCGACUCCGUGGGCAACCAGAUAUGUCUUUCACCUAGUAUUCACGCUCUCUGGUCCCUUGGAAGGGUGGCGUUUUGGCCACUAGACUAUAACGACGAAAAGACUACUCUAGAAGUUGAGUGGCAUUGGCAACCUCCUCCGCCCACCUCAAUGGACAAAACUAUUGCUGUCAACACAGUACCAUCAUCAAGUCGGGGAUUGAAUGAACGAAGCAACCCAAAUAGCACGGCUAGCCUCUCCUUCAUUGAACAAAACGGCCUUGCAAGACGAAUUCAGACGGGGGAUCGGUUCAUGCUACAAACUACCGAUCCCAGAAGGCUGCCCUUGCCUAGCAAAGAACUGCUCGACAUGCAAUUCGUUCUGAAUCGCAUUGUCAACAUGUCUGGUGCCGGGGACUUUGAG